AUGCUUAAAGAAACGAAUGACGACCUCGUCGUGAAUCGUUACGAGCGACUUACACCGUUGGAGGUCGAGAAGGAGAGUUUGAAGGGCGAUCUGAGCAAGGUCCGGAAGGGAGAUUGUAUUGUCACUUUCUCGAGGAGGUCCAUUUUCCAGAUGAAGCGAGAUGUGGAGAGAUUAGGGAUAACUUGCGCUACAGUCUACGGGAGACUACCACCCGAGGUUCGCAGUGAACAGGCUGAUCUGUUCAAUGAUCCCAGGAGUGGAUUCGACGUCCUCAUUGGAAGUGAUGCUAUUGGCAUGGGCUUGAAACUUGAAAAUCCGUCGUAUAAUAUUCGCCGACGUCAGGAAAUAUCACAACAACUCCUAUGCACCAUCUCUCCAUAUCCGCAACGAAGCAAAUCGCUGGUCGUGCUGGCCGAUUCGGCUUGCACGGAUCAGAGAGUCCCUGGGGGACUGACAACGACUCUCAACGAAGGAGACCUUGGCUUCCUCACACGGACGAUGAAACUCCCUUUGCCAUCUCUGAAAACCGCCCGCAUGACGCCCAGUUACACAUCACUCAUCUCCACAGCGAGCGCUCUCCCGCCUAAUUCUGCCAUGAAUACCAUAUUUCUAGCCCACGCCUACACGUCGAAGCUCUCUCCCAUUUACCGGUACAUCUACAGCGACGCGACCAGAGUGUGCACCAACUACCUUGAUGCGUACAUUCAGGGCGUCUCGAUGACCGACUUUGAAGUCAUGCUCGCUGCGCCGUUCCCCUGGCGCGACCGGGAAAGCGUUCCCACCCAAGGCGUCGCCCGACUCGAAGAAUGCCUGACGGAGUCGCCGUUCAUGGUUACGCUAGAAAAGGUCGAGAGUAAGAACGGCCCGGCCGCGACGAACGAGGACCUGUCAUUACUGGAGACCUUCCACAAGAUGCUGGGGCUCUAUACGUGGUUGAGCUACCGACGGCCUGUGGCGUUCCCUGAUCAGGCGUUGGCGGCGGAGCUGAAGCCGCGCGUUCCAGGUGGGGAUUGA